UUACUGGCUUGGCAGCGUCCACUCCUGGCUUGGCAGCGUCCACUCCAGAGACUUCCAAGACCAAUUUUCUCUCAGAGCUGCUUUCCUGGUAACUUCUAAGAUAAAGAUCACCUUUAAAAGGGAAGAUGGAUUUAAUCAAYGCAACUGAACAAAACAGUACAUCAGAAGAACUGUUCAAAUGGAUGACAUCCAAGAUUCUCAUUUCUAUUACCCUGUCUGUGCUUGCCCUAAUGACAACAGCCAUCAAUUCCCUUGUGAUGACUGCAAUAAUUGUGACAAGAAAGCUCCACCAUCCUGCCAACUAUUUAAUCUGCUCUCUUGCAGUGACUGAUUUCCUUGUGGCAGUCCUAGUGAUGCCCUUCAGUAUUGUCUACAUUGUAAAGGAGACCUGGAUCAUGGGGCAAGUGGUGUGCGACAUUUGGCUGAGCGUGGACAUCACCUGCUGCACGUGUUCCAUCUUGCAUCUCUCUGCCAUUGCUUUGGAUCGGUACAGAGCAAUCACAGAUGCUGUGGAAUACGCCAGGAAAAGGACACCAAAGCAUGCUGGCAUCAUGAUCGCAGUAGUAUGGAUCAUAUCCAUUUUUAUUUCCAUGCCGCCUUUGUUUUGGCGGCACCAGACAGCCAGCAGGGAUGACGAAUGCAUCAUUAAACAUGAUCACAUUGUUUUUACCAUUUACUCUACAUUUGGCGCCUUCUACAUCCCACUGGCCUUGAUUUUGAUCCUUUAUUACAAGAUAUACAAGGCAGCAAAGACGUUUCACAGAAGGAGCGUCAGUCGGAUCGUAAGGGAAGAGGUAAAUGGACAAGUCCUUCUGGAGGCAAAUGAAAGAAGCACCAAACUUACUUCAAUGCCCAGUAUUAUAGAGAAGACAUCAGAUCCUCUGGUGGACUGUGAUAAAAUCACCCUACGAAGCCCCAGGUCUGAAUCUAAGCAAGAUAAGUCCUGGAAAAAACAGAGAAUCUCGAGCACAAGAGAGCGAAAGGCUGCAACUACUCUGGGUUUGAUCUUGGGGGCAUUUGUGAUCUGCUGGCUCCCCUUUUUUGUAAAAGAAGUAGUUGUUAAUACCUGUGAAAGAUGUCACAUCUCAGAAGACAUGUCUAAUUUCCUAGCAUGGCUGGGAUAUAUUAAUUCCCUUAUUAACCCUCUAAUCUACACAAUCUUUAAUGAAGAUUUCAAAAAAGCCUUUCAGAAGCUUGUACGAUGUAGGCAAUAUCUUUAAGAGCUUUUAUUCAUAUAAGGAGAAUACACUCACUGUUUUUUGUUUUUUUUUUAAACCUGUGCAAAUUUAUAAGACUGAGAUGAUAUUUGUUGUAUUUAAGAGAAAGUGUUAAGACUCUGCAACUACAUUAUGACUUGUAACUUUUGUAUCAGUAGUAUUGGCAGGAUAAAUCGCCUAAGGCUUAAAGAAACAUAUCAUCUGGGAUCAGUUUGGCUCUGRAAGAGAAGGUAGUGUAUACUUGUUGUGGCCCUCAUCUAGCUGAGACUGCACAGCUGCCAAAAUUUAACCGUACAUUUAUUUCCUUAAACUUGAAAGAAAUACAUACACUUUCAAAGUUACAUAGAAAUAYGA